CUUUACAUUUUCUGAUAUGGUUAGAUAUCCCAUGCUACAUGUUUUCGCUUUAAUUUUUAUAAUUUCAUCAUCUGAAGCCAAAAAUAACGUUGACAAGAAUGGAUAUAUUAUUUAUUGCCCUUGCAUGGGAAGGUUUGGCAAUCAGGUUGAUCAAUUUUUCGGCACUCUAAAUUUUGCUAAGACGCUUAAUAGAACAUUAGUAUUGCCCACAUGGAUUAAAUACGAUUUAUUUUCUGACAAACCGAUUUUUGUGCCAUUUGAUCACUACUUUAUGUUAGAACCUUUAAAUGUUUUUUACAAAGUAAUGCUAAUUAAAGAUUUUAUGCAUCUUGCACCUAAAGCAUGGCCUUUAUCUAAAAGAUAUACUUUUUGCCAUUCAUCUCGAAAUUUCGAGUCGAAAGGGUAUCCUAACGACUGCAACCCCAAAGAAGGAAGUCCAUUCGGCCCAUUUUGGGACAAUGUAGACGUUAAUUUUACCGCAGGAAGUCGAUUUUACUCACCUCUACAAUUUUAUCCUGCGACAUCGGAAGAUAAUUUAUUCGAAUUAAAAAAGCUAAAAUUUCUCUGGGAUACGAAAUUUCCUCCACCCGAUUACCCAGUUUUGGCUUUUGUGGGAGCACCUGGAUCUUUUCCUGUCAAAAUUAGCGACGUUCAUUUGCACGGGUUAUUGAUUUGGUCCCAACAGAUAUCCCAGAUGGUUGAUAAACAUUUUUUCGAUCUUUACGGCGUUAGGAGAUAUGAAUAUAUUGGAUUGCACUUGCGGAACGGUCUAGAUUGGAAACUUACUUGUCAACACGUGGGCCAAACGGACCAAUUGUUUUCUUCUUCACAAUGCUUGGGUGAAAAUAAUGAAUUCGGUCAACUGACGGCUCAGAUAUGUUUUCCCACCCAGGAGUUAAUAGUGUCACAGCUACGAAACGUCCUUCAAAAUUCUCCAAACAUCACCAACAUAUUUAUAGCGUCAGACAAAAACCAUAUGAUACUCUUUCUUCAGGCCAAUUUCAAGGAUAUGAAUAUUUACAAAUUGGAGUCAGAGGAUCCCCAACUCGACCUGUACAUAUUGGCUAGAGCGUACCAUUUCAUAGGUAAUUGCGUUUCUUCGUUUUCUGCCUUCGUUAAAAGGGAGAGGGAUAUUGAAAAUUUACCAACAUCUUUUUGGGGUGUUCAUCAUCUAACACGUGCCAUUAAUCUAUUCCACCAAGAGUUAUGAAGGAUACCAUCUUAAAUUUAAAAAAUCAGCCUAAUUGUUAAUCUAUAUUAAAAGAUUUCAUUUUAUAAAACAAAAUGAAAAGGGUUGUCAUCGAGUACUUUAAAUACACUCUCGGAUAUGGUCUUAUAAUAUUUAAAAAAAUCUGUUGAUAAACGUUUACAUUAUAAUUUUAAAUUGCAAGAUUUAA